AUGGAGGUGAAGUUAGUGAGCGUGCUCAUAUUUCUAUCAGUAGUUUUAUUUUCUGGCACAGGCGCCCAGCCAAAUAGCUGUUAUGGUGCCAUGACCAGUGAAGGUCCGAGAAAUCUGAAGCAUGAUCAAAGAGCGUGUGCUUCAUUGAUGAGCGGGGA